AUAAAUACAUUAACACGUAAUUAUAACUCCAUAAACAAUUCAAUACAUUUAAAGGAGUUAAGUUUUCUGAAUAAAUUAAUUGAGAUUACAAAAUAAGCUUUCAAAAUCGAUAAGAAUAACAAACGAUUCAUACAAGAAGAAGAAGCAUCUUCCCCUUUUUAAUGCAGUUGGAUGUUGAGUUGCAUUAAUCGCAAGAAUUGACAACAUGAAGAUGGCGGACGGACCAACAAUCUUGAGAAGAAAUAGACCUGGCACUAAAGCUAAAGACUUUAGUAUGUGGCCAGAUGAAGUGUUCGAAGAAAUGGAUAGUACAUUGGCAGUACAACAAUAUAUACAACAAACCAUCAGAAGAGAACCAUCAAAUAUAGAAUUGAUACUCAAUAUGCCAGAUGCUCAAGAUGAAGGAGUAUGGAAGUAUGAACACUUGAGACAAUUUUGUAUGGAACUUAAUGGACUGGCAGUUAGAUUACAAGAAGAAUGUCAUCCUGAAACAUGUAAUCAAAUGACAGCGACUGAACAAUGGAUAUUUUUAUGUGCUGCUCAUAAAACUCCUAAAGAAUGUCCUGCUAUCGAUUAUACCAGACAUACAUUAGAUGGAGCAGCUUGUUUAUUAAACAGUAAUAAAUAUUUUCCCAGCAGAGUAAGCAUCAAAGAAUCUUCAGUGGCAAAACUUGGAUCUGUGUGUCGCAGAGUAUAUAGAAUAUUCUCUCAUGCAUAUUUCCAUCACAGAACGAUAUUCGAUGAGUUUGAAAAUAAAACAUUUCUUUGUCGAAGGUUUACUGCAUUCGUAACUAAAUACAAUCUGAUGUCUAAAGAUAAUUUGAUAGUACCUAUUAUGGAAGAAGAUGGUGCAACUGAGAGCGAUGCAUAAAAUUUGUAUUGUUUAAUUCAUUAAAAAAUAGUAUUACACAAGAAGAAACAAAAGAAUUAUUAUCAGAUUUGAAAAGAUCUGGUAGAAAUCUCUUGCUCCAUAAUCAGGAUACAUUUUCACAAGAGAUCAUUUGUUAAUGCAAAAAUGUUUUAUACCUAAUAGGUAUAAUAAUAUCACGUUGAACGAGAAAGUGAAUAGAAAAAUGAUAUCGAUGACUUUUUGAAAAAGUAAGAAAGAUAAAGCAAAAAAAUAAUAUGCAAGCAAUUUUUUCAUGCUUCGUGAUUAGCUAUUAAAAAAUAUAAUUAAGUUAAUGUUUACCUAUGUAAGACUUAUUAAAUCUUUGAUAAUAUAUUAAAAGACCGAUGACACAUUUCAUUUGAUAUGAAUGAAGUACUGGUUACAAUCCUGAAACAUUA